AAAUGUAGGCCCACCAAUAGGAAAUAUUCUUACCACUGUACAACAUACAACUGUACUGUGAAACAAGGACACAAGGACAGCUUAACUGGGGACAGCUUACUUAACCGAUCUUUGCACAUUUAAACACAAUGGUGGAGCUUAUCACUACUCCCUGAAGCCUGUUACAAGACAAAUACUUUUUGGAUGCAUCCUACCUGAUCUGUUAAUUCACCAAUGGCAACUCUAUGGAAAGCAAUGAUUUUAUUCAUGCUGACAAUAGCAAAUACAAGUAUGACAAGCGCGGGAAAAAUUUUGGUGUUCCCAUACACAUCGAACAAAUGUACCAGACCUUAUGCAAUGGAACGAAUUGCUGUUAUUUUAGCACAAGCCGGGCAUGAUGUCACGUUUCUCACUCAUGAUAAAUAUGAGACCAGAAUACAACUGAAUAAUGUGAAAGAAAUACGACACAGAUUCCCCGAUGGUGCACCAUAUGACUUAAGUGAAGGAGGCGUUCAAGGUUUGAUAGACACAACAAUUAGCCAGGAAAUAGAGUUUGUGUUUUCAGCUUUUGAAUACUUUAUAUUGCCAGUGUGUACAGCGUUAAUACAAGAUGUUGAGAUUAUGAAUGGACUUAAACAGGCGAAGUAUGAUCUUAUGAUUACGGAUACAUUUCACACUGCAUGUGGUGGAAUCCUGAAGGAAUACCUCCAACUGCCAACGAUUCUCUGGUCUAAUGCUGGAUUUGAGUUCCAGUUUGAAUGGUUGGUACCUUCGACAACAUCAUUCAUACCGCUUUUUGUGACAUCAUACACUGAUGAGAUGACUUUCACAGAAAGAGCGCUAAAUACAUACUAUUAUCUCCUAACUGACUACAAAAGGCAGUCAUUCCUUCAUUUAAAAUAUACCUUGAUGCAAGAGAAUGAACAUGUCCUUGGUUUAAAGCCUUCCUACCAUGAUUCUCUUACUGAGGCUGAUAUACUCUGGGUGAACUCUGGUUUUGCUUAUAUGUACCCACGUCCUCUAAUGCCAAACGUCAUCCCUGUUCUAGGUCUAAAGGACAAGGCUUCUAAACCACUGCCAAAGGACUUUGAAGAGUUCAUUAAUGGUGCAGGAGAACAUGGCUUUAUCUUAUUAUCAUUUGGGACUCUACCCAGAGGUUUAGAUGAAAACAGGAGAGAAGUUCUUGCGAGCGUAUUCGCAAAGUUACCACAACGAGUCAUAUGGCGAUAUGGUGGUCCAUUGCCUAAAUCACUAGGCAACAACACAUUAAUAGUAUCGUCACAUCCACAGAAUGAUUUAUUAGGACACCAAAAGUUACGAGUUUUUAUGACCCAUUGUGGGGCCUCGGGGUCUGCUGAGGCAAUCUAUAAUGCCGCACCUAUAAUAGGCUUAUCCCUUUUCUAUGACCAGCGUCAACAUUGCACCAUUUUGACCAAACGUCACAAUAUGGGAAUCACUAUCUCAAUCAAUGACAUCACAAAACAGACCCUAUCAACAGCUCUGGAGGAAGUACUACAUAACCCUGUGUAUAAAGAAAAUGCAUUGAAGGCCAGAGAACUAAUGAGGGAUCAACCAAUGAAUGCAAGCUACACCAUACAAUACUGGAGCGAGUAUGUGAUGCGACACAGAGGGGCAAAACACCUGAGAUCAAACGCCAUGCACAACCUGAACUUCCUUCAAUACUUCCUUAUCGAUAUCGCUCUCGUUACAUUAUGCAGUGUUAUUAUGGUGUGUGUUAUAAUCAGGCAUAUUGUUAAACUGUGUCUUUCAUGGUACAAAGGGAUUAAGUUGAAACAAUAGUAGAGAGAGAGCACAUCCACUUUGUAGUUGUUGGUACAUUUCAAUGAAAUAUUUCAUACUUGUUUCAUGUACUCACUCUGUGUAUUACUCAUUCCAAUUUCAUUUUCUACAAGUUGAAAUAAGGAAUUCUGCAAGUGAAAAUGCCCAUUUUUGCAUUAAUUCUGCUUGAUUUUUCUGCACUUUUUUAAAGGAAUGAGACAAAUAUUGACAAAAAUAUUGUGAGUUUUUUAUUCAGAAAUAAACAUACAUGCACUGUCAUGUAGCAAAAAAACAACAGAGAAACAAACAUAAUUUUUUCUUGGCCUUCUGGGUGAAUUUCUGCCAGAUAUAGAACUGCUAAAACCAUAAAAUUAUCAUAAGUCUUCUAGAAAAUUCAAGAACCAAUACAAGAUCAAUCCAAACAGCACAAUAAGGCUUGUUAUUUUAUAACACCUAAUGUAAUAAUGAAUGACAAUGAAGUCUGUUAAUAACUUAGAGGGUACCUAUCACAGCAGAUUGUAAUAAUAAACUGUGUAUAUAUAGCAAUAUUUAUAGGUAGUUAGGUAAUAAGGG